UGGAACGCCGGAACGUCGCGGCGCGUCGGCUCUUCUUCGAAGCUGCGUCUCGAGGACGAACCCAGGCGUUUAACCCGCUCGCUCUGCUCGAACCCCGUAGCCGCGCGGCGAACAAUGAGAUGCGUAUUCGGCGCUGACGCGACACACGCGACGCACGCGACGCACGCGACGCACGCGACCAAGGAAACCCCGCGUUCGCCGGCACCGAACGGCCUCAGCGGACGCUAACUCCGAUCAGCGAUGCGAGUACGCGAUCGAGACCGAGAUCGCGGUUCGCCUUCGAAGCUCUCGAAGCUCUCGAAGCCCUCGAAGCUUUCGAAGCGCGCGAGAUGCCUCGGGUCCCGCGGAAAGGACCACCACCGGCGUCUUCGGCAGGCCGAUGAAAAGGGAGAUCGCUCGUCGAGAAGAGGCUCGAUCGGCGGGCACGCGGAGGACCUCGAGCGGCGCACGGCCCGACGGCGAUCGACGGUCCCGAUCGUUGCGAGCGAGAGAUCGCGAAAUCAAUCGGGAACCAUGGCGGUUCUCCUGCUGUUACUGCUGCAACCUUCGCAGACACCUGCCUCCGAACUGUACUUCCCCCAAUCGGACUUGACCGUGAGGGUUCCGGUCUCGUCGCGGAACGUCGAGCUGCUCCAUCCGCGGACGCUCCGCGAGGACUCGACGGAAUCGAAGGGUGUCAGCUAUCGCGCGACCGUGGCCCGUCACGGCGACGUCGCCUCCAUAGACGGCGAGACGAAGGCUCUUCUGUUGCAUCGAGUGCCGGACGAGCUCGAACCCGUCACGAUCGUGCUCCUGGCGAAGGAGAACGGAUCGUCGUCGACCGACCGAGCCGUCUCGGAGAUCAGAGUUUGGCCCAUCCUCGAGAAGCGAAUCAAUUGCAGCGACCACGUUCAGGACAUGUGCUUCUGGGACGCGUCGAGGUACAGAAUCUACGAGAACCAGCCGAGCACGAUGAUCGGCACGUUCGGACCUCGCCUUUACGCCGACCUCUGCCCCAGCUUUCGCGUCACCGGCUACAACCUGUUAAACGGCACGGAUUACUUUUCCGCGGUAAACGACACGCUGUUCGCGAACCCUUCGCUGGACAGGGACGCGCUGGGCCCGCCGCCGGCCGGCCCGGGGCCGAGGGUCACCGUGCAGGUUCGAUGCGUCGUUUGGGACGAACUGACCGGAGUUCAGUACGCGCCGAUCAAGCUGCUGCACGUCGACGUCUUGGACCAAGACGACAACCCUCCGAUCGCCCAGAACGGCUCGAUUUGGAACGUCACCGCGGGCAACACGCUGGUGGCCGAGAACACCCUGAUACUGAAGGACGCCGACGCGAACAGCAGCAAUCGGUACGCCAUGCGUAUCCUCGGAGACGUCCACGACGCUUUGAACGUCAGCUUCAGCACCGCGCUGAUCGAGAAGCCGAAGCUCGUACCCUACACCGCUAUAUUCGCCGUGAUAUUCGCGAAAACCACCCCCCUGCCGAAAUCUCCGUAUCGCGUGACGCUUCAAGUGCAGGACGAGACUCUUCUGCCGGGACACGGCGAGAACACGCUGAACAUCACGGUGAACUUUUACGGAUCGGAUCACCGAGCGAGCACCACGACGGCGUCCUCGGUGGCGAGCAGGCAGCCGUUUUCCUAUCCUUCGACCGUGAGGAUCGCUCGAGUCGCGACCCGGUACUCGCGAGUCGCGAGACCGUCCAGCGAGCCGGCCGCCUCGAUCAGCUUCGGCAUCAACGGCUCGACAGCGUUCGCCGUCACCCCGAGGGGAGGCAUCGUCUACGUGGCCGACGAGCGUCGCCUCGAGACGGAGCCCGACAAUCUGCUCCUGACGAUCAAGUGGAGCAAGUCGAGCGCCGCCUCGUCCUCGAGGACCAUCCGGGUGAACCUGUCGACCGUGCCAGCGGCCAAGGUGGACGCGUGCAACCGCACCGAGCGCUCGCACUCUUGCGCGAACGCGGAAACCGCCGAGGAUUGCGAGUCGAGCUGCGGCCUGGCCAGCGGAGUCUUCAGCAAAGGCAGCUACUCCGGACGGUGCGCGUGGAGGCGCAGCAAGCGGUCGAACGACGUCUCCGGCGGCAUGUCGGACCAUUACCCGACCUGUUCUCCGGACUUGACCCACUGCCCGGACAACCGAUGCGACGAACUCGAGCAGCUGGACCCUCGCAUAUGCCCGCAAGACUGCGCCCCGGAAUCGAACGUGCAUUUCGCCCACGCGAACAAAAACGGUCGGGGAAUCAAGAGCGGCGCGGGCACUUGCGCGUGCGACGACAUGCUGCAGUGCACCUGCAACGUCGAGCAGUUUUCCGCGCGGAGCGAUCAUUCCGGCAGAGAUAAAGACGCCGCGGAUGGCAAGUUCCGAGAACGGGAGAACGAGAAUCUCGUUUCGGACGCUCGAAAAGAGAAGAAGCUCGAUCGGGCCAGCGGCCCGUGCGGUCCUUUCUGCAUGAUCGGAGCGAUCGGUGGCAGUUUCUUCGUGCUGAUCGCUAUCGUCGGCUCGUUCGUCACUUCGAGAUACAGAAUGUCCGCAAAGGGGACGCGUCGAGAGGGCAAGCGAAGAACGGGGAACGGAGACGCGAUCGCGAUCGGCGCGUCGCCGUCCGAUCGCAUGGACAGAGGAGACGGGUUGUUCAUCGGACUGGACACGUUCACCGCGGCGAAUCGUCACCUGCUGCUUCCGAAGAGCUACCCGGUGUCGGACCCGAAAUGGGAAUUUCCACGAUCGCGGUUGACCAUCGAGCAAGUGCUGGGCGAAGGAGAAUUCGGUCGCGUGCUGCGGGCCGAAGCGAUCGACAUCGAAGGCGCGCCGGGUCCGACGACGGUCGCGGUCAAGACUUUGAAGGAGAACGCCUGCGCUUCGGAGCUCGCCGACCUGCUCUCGGAAUACCAGUUGCUGAAGGAGGUCCAGCAUCCGAACGUGAUCAGAUUGCUGGGCGCGUGCACCACGCCCGGCGCACCGGUCUAUCUGAUCAUCGAGUUUGCGGAGUUUGGCUCUUUGCGCAACUAUUUGAGACGUAGCCGACAUUUGGAUUCCGAGGGCAGGCACGCCGGCGGAUGCUCGUCGCUGUCCAAUGUUCGCGACGACGGCUCGCGAAUCGCCGAAUCGGACGAGACGACGGCGAACGUGGAGUCGGACAGGGAGGCCGACGCCGACGCGAACGCGGCGCCGACCUCCAUUCACACCGUUACUUCUCGCGAUAUUCUGUCGUUCGCUUGGCAAAUCAGCAAAGGAAUGGCUUACCUCGCCGAGAUCAAGCUGGUUCACAGGGACCUCGCCGCCAGGAACGUGCUGCUCGCGACCGGGAAAGUUUGCAAGAUCUCGGACUUUGGGCUGACGCGGGACGUCUACGAGGACGACGCGUACUUGAAGCGCAGCAAAGGACGAGUGCCCGUCAAGUGGAUGGCACCGGAAUCCCUGGCCGAUCACGUGUACACCAGCAAGUCGGACGUUUGGAGCUUCGGUGUGCUUCUGUGGGAGUUGGUCACUUUGGGCGCCUCUCCGUAUCCCGGUGUGGACGUGCACAAUCUCUACAACCUACUCAAAGCCGGAUAUCGCAUGGAGAGGCCGGCAAACUGUUCCCAGCAGUUGUACAAACUGAUGGUGUCCUGCUGGCACCAGGAGCCAGGAUCGAGACCGUCCUUCAAAGAGCUGACCGGCCACUGGGAAAGAAUGCUGGAGGAUAGCAUCGAUUACUUGGACUUGAAUCCGCGAACGGUCCAAAACAGAUCGUACUUUGCCUCCCUUCACGCGUUGGACAGCCCGAGCAGUUCCGGCAACGAGGAGCCCGACGACCCGACCACCGGCGAGCACAUCGUCUUUGGGAACAACGCGCUCAACUACCUCGAGAAGCCUUCGUUCGACACGGUGACCAAGUCCGACAAAAUCGACAAGCUCCACACGCUCUGGCAAGCACCCGUGGCGUCUUUCCCCGACGAACGGAUCAAACCGUCCUACGUGAACGAGCAACGAGCGAACCUGCGCAAAAAUCACUACGAAAGUCCGAUAAAGUUCGCGCGAAACGCGAGCGUCGCGAGCGACAGCGAGAACGACCUGGUCACCCCGACCAACGAACGCCCACACUCCUACAUCGACAUGGAAGGCAAAAAGUUCCCGGAAUCCGAAAACCUCCUCGUCCUCGCCGGUGAACGCGAUCGGAAGAACGAGAGGGAAGACAACUGAAGAAACGAUCGAGCAUCCGAACGGUAAAAGUCUACAGGCUGCGCCGAAUCGCGAGCGUACGGCGGCGUUUCGUUCGAUCGAACGGAAUUCCGAGACGCCGAGAGAAGACUCGAAUUUUUACGUAUCGAAUGUUUCUACGUAGACGACUACCACGCACCUUUCUACUCUUAUACUCUCCGUUGGAAUGCCGAGAUGCUGCCGCGCGGAUAGAUGUGUAAUUGCGCAGCGUUCGAGCUUCGAGCAAAACGAAAUACGCUUUUCUCAGCGCACAUGCUUCCCCGGCUUUCGAGCGCACGCUACAACGAUACAACGCGUACCUAACGUCGCUUCUGUAAUUAUCAUGGUGCGACGCCAUCGCGAACGAACGAAACGAAACGAAACGAAAGGAAAAUUGCGAUAAGUGUAUCCGAACGAACAAGUCGGUUUUGUAUUUAUGUAUAAAGUAUAGCAUUCCAUUACGUUAGUCGGUCGACGCACGGUAAUAAUCGUUUAUCGCACAAAGAUUCGCGUACGAGUUUAGUUAGUAUAUUUGCUGUAUCGUGUUUCGUGAUUCUUCUAAGUUGACUAGUUCUAACGAAAAUGAUGCACCCCCUCUGAAUGUGGCCGUUACCGUGGGCAUCGUUACCCUCUUGUACCUAAUAAUGUCUUGGUAUGAAUUGAAUAAAUUUCAUUGGACGAACAGAAAGAAGAUGCGGCGAAUAAACGCAAAGACCAGGGAGGCUAGAGCGACGAACAAGUUUUCCCGUUUAUUCAGUCGGUACAACAGGUAUACAAGAGAAAGACAUCGUUCCGUCGGCGUCCGUGGUGGAAACAGUGUUACGAAAACGAGCAGAACCUAACCGUAUCGCGGUUUCAUUUUCGAACGAUCAACUCACAAGUCCAAUUCGUCGACGCGAAACGCGUCGGCGUGUUUCGCCGAGGAAUCGCGGGGGAACGCCGGUUCCCCGUCGGUUUCGGUCCCCCCGAGUAAAUCCAAUUUGUCGAUAUUCGUCGCGAAAGCUUCGGACGCGACGUUACCUUUCCCCAGUGACGCCGCGGGACUCGGAUUGUCCGACGUUUUCUCGGGUCCCGAGGUUAACAGAUUUUCUGGAACAUUCACCGAGGAAAGUUAUAAAUAUCGAUUGCGAGCGGGAGAAGCAAUCGGAGGAAAUCAACAACGGAAACUAACCGGUCUCUCGUGCUUCCCUCGAAGAACUUUCAUCCUCCUCGAGCAUCUCCAACUUUGCUAACUUGACGCUGUCCAGGAAGUCCUUGUCGGAGACGCAAACGCAGCCGACGUAUUCCAUUUUAUGAAUAACCUUCACCAGCCUGGCCAGUUCCUUCGGCAAGGAAAAUUUCUUUAGAUGCCUCGUCUCCUCGGGCACAUCCUCCGGUUUGCAGUACGGCAACUGCACGAUGAAAUACCGCUUCUCUUUCGUGGCCUGAUUCUCCCUGAGCAACUUGAACAGGUGAUUAUCCUUGUUGCAAUAAAUGAACGACACGGUGGACUUGUUGGCUGGCGGAGAAGCCACGACCAGGACAACGUCCGCGCUUCGAAACGCGUCGCUGUAACAGUCCUUCGGAUCCUGGAGCAACGGAAAAAUCGAGAAUACGUGAGUUGGCGGGAGAACCGUUAUACCUUGAUCGUGCUCUACGAUUAAAAGCGAUUCGUUACGGGUUACGCUUCCUACUGACUUUUCCAGUCGAGUCCGCAACGUGGAGCGUGUCUAUCACCGUUAUGUUAGAAUUUCUCAAAUAUUUGGCUAACUCGUUCAUCGCGUUGAUAUGCGUCAAACGCGUCGGCGAAUAAAUCAAGAGACAGGUAGGCUUUCGUCUGCGUUUCAAUCCCUCUAGAAACGUGGACGCGUGCGAAACACGCGAAUGUAAGUAUAAUUCGAACCCGAGGAAGCAUCUCCGCUAAAACGUCUAGGAUCUCAACAUUACCCUUUCUAUACAACUUGUAAAGAUGAUAAAGAACGUACAGUAUCACUGGCGGUAUCCAAACUGUACUGAUAAUCAUGAUCAGAAGUCGGUGAGACACUUCCUCUGUAAAAGCAGAAAACACUCUAGGUCAACACGCGCAACGCACGCGGAUACGCGGAUUCUCCGAUACGAUUUUUCCUUGCUUACGUAUGAUGAUGAACGGCGUGGUGCUGUUCGCGCACCCGUACUCCCCGCAGUCUGGAUGCACAGCGAACACUUUGAAGUAGAACACACCGGUAUGAUCGGUAAAAUUGUACGAGAUCUCUCGCGUGCUAGCGGCCGAGAACCCUUCCUCGUGCACCACGGAAUCCGUGUCAUUGUUUAUCAAGCGAAUUCUAUACUCCGACACGUUGUACGAAUCCGGCAGAGGCUGAAUGUGUAACGAGUGACGAGGGGCGUACGUCGUGUCGAUGUACACGAACGGUGCGUACCUUUGCACGCUCGUGCCUUCUUCUGAACAGAAAAAAGGGGGACGUUAACCGUUCGGUCUACGACUAAACGACAUUCGACCCGACUACUUACCGAUCGAUUCUUGUCGAGGAACGUUGAAAAUGUACUGUUUGCUAUAGCUGUACGUAUCGCCGGUUACCAAAAGAUCUAACCGAUACGGGAAAGACUCGUAGGAAUCGUUCGAGAAUGGACAAGAAACGUACAGCUGUUCCGGCGCAGGAUUCGUCGCGUUUCC